AUGGCUUUGGACGACCACAUCGAACGAAUUCUAUGGACUGAGCAAGAAAUCUCUGACCGAGUUUCCCAACUCGCUUCUCAGAUUUUCGACGAUUUCAAGGACUUCUCAUCUCCCCCUGUCAUCGUCGGCGUUGCCACGGGCGCGUUUAUGUUCUUGGCCGACAUCGUAAGGAAGAUCAAGCUUCCCGUAGCUGUCAAUUUCGUUCGUGCCAAAUCCUAUGGUUCUGGAACGGAAUCGAGUGGGGCUCUGAGGAUUUCUUGCGACGUUAAGAUGGAUAUCAGCAGAAAGCAUGUUAUUUCGCUAACCUCUAUUCUUCUCGGUCAUGGCUUGCUUUUCGACUGCGUUCCGCUCUUAGAUGUCUCCGCCAAACCACUUUGUCUGUCACCUGAUGACAUGUAG